AUGAUCGCAGUUCCCGGGGGCGACGGUGGCGGCUGCGGGCUCCGAGGAGCCGCUGUGACAUCCCCCGGCGAUUCCCGAACUGCCUCCGGGCAGGCGGGAGGGCUGUGGGCGGCCGGCGCCGGGUGGAGAGUCGGCGCCGGGCCCCGGGUACUGGUGACUCAGACAGCCACUCGCGCCCGCCCCUCGCGCUCACCCGCUCCCCCGCCUUGCCGCCUCCGCGCAGGCCAAACCCACCGGCGCGCCCCGACAGAAGUGGCAGGGAACGUGCGCGUCGGGCACCCUGGGAGGGGGGGCACAGCGGCGGAGGGGGCGGAGGGGGCUGGCAGAGACCCGGAGAGCUCCGCUGACCGCCACGGGUGCGACUGGGAGGUCUGGGGAGCGAGCCUUGCGCCACCUCGGCUGCUGGCCAGGGAGCCCAGGUCGCGGGGAGUGCGGGGCCAGGGUGCGUCCUCCUUCCUCCUCCUGCGGGUGAAACCGGGAACAGCGGCGCCCAGUCCCAGGGCAGAGGCUGCCUCUGCUGCGCUCAGCGACGCGCCCAGGCCCGGGAGCCUGGAGAUCCGCGGGGAACCCGGAGACCCGCGUCCCAGAGGCGCCGGGGGUUGCGCUGCACCCGCUCCCACAGGCCUCUUCCGAGAGGACGCGAAUUCCGCGUGCCCGCGGGAAGUCCUCGGAUCCUGGAUGGGAAAGUCUUCUCUCACCGGCUCCCAGACCCCGCACUUUUUAACAUCUGUCCUUGCAGAGACUGGUCAUUUUAGGCCCGAGUCGAGCCUCUCUUGAUUAAUAAAUGGCCAUUGCUCGUUUUAAGUGUG